AGGAGCCCUGCGGAUGUUGAUGGACUCACAUGUUACUGUUUAGCCGUGAAGGCAACUUCUUAUCGGUGUAGCUUUUAGCUAGUUCAACAGAAGCUUUCGUUAUUAAGCCAGGAUGUCGGCGUCGUUGGUCAGGAGAGGACUAGAGCUGCUCAGCGAUGAUAUUAAAGAUGUCAAUAAAGUGAAGAAGAAGAGGCAGCAGCAGCAGACCCCCAGCUCAGCCACUGUCAUGGAGCUGGUCAGCACCAAGCGGCAGGGAGUCACCAAGCAGGUCAAACGGCUGCAGGGUCGCCUGGGUCCCGGCAAGAGCAAAGCCACUGUUAAAGACAAGAGGAUCAAGUCUGCAGUGGAGGAGUUCAGGAAGAAGCAGGGGAAAAGCCAGAUGAGUGCAAACCUCAAGUACUUUAUGGAAACUGGCUACAAAGCAACAGACUCUGACACUCUGAAGAUCCUGAGUCACAAUUCAGGGAGACAGUCCAGGAAUCGCCCGGACAAACAGGGCAAGAAGCCCAAGGAGCCGCAGUCCUUGUUCACAGAGGAGGAGUUCGAGCAGUUCCAGAAGGAAUACUUUGGCAGAACUGUCGAGGAGAAGAACUAAAAGGACAGACAAAGACACUGAAGCAUCACAGGAAACACCAGGGCCACAUUUUGUGGAUCAAAGUGGAUUUUGUGGACCGGGCUAUGUUCUGGAAGUUGGUUCCCCUUCACGUUUCAUCAGUGGAACAAGAAACUUUAAGGAGAAAUGCUCACAUAGGCUCAGUCUGUGUUGGUUUUAGGGCUUGAAACACACACAGGGAAUUUACCUGCCUGAGUAAAAAAUAUGCUGUAAUUUUUAAAGUCAGCAUGCUUGGUUGCAACAGUUUGUUCUGAAUUUUUAACAUGAAAAGUUUCAUAUUGCAGCAUAAAGGUCACCACUUCAUUUCCUUAUGUUUCAGGAUCUUUGUAAAGGCGACUCAUAACAAUUAUCUGUUAUGUUCAACCACUAGUCCUUUUAGUAGUUAGGGUGGCUUUGUGUGUUGUGUACCUAAUACUGUAGUGAAACUUUUCAUAUGGGUCAUAUCUGUCACCUCAUUGGUAAUAGGUCUCUAUUACAGUUAUGGGGAAGGAGAUAUACAGAUUGUUUUUUUUUUUCUUUUUUUGUGCAGAAAUUCAAGCACAUUGAAUUUUUGUAACUUUAUCCUGAUAAUAGCAAUAAAUUUACAAGCAAAAA